AGAAAGAACGAACGAACGACGAACGAAGGUUGCGUUUCGCUUCUAGUAUUCUCUCAAACGUCGAGCGAGAACUAUUCUAUAGUUAUUAAACGAUAAUUGUCAUUUGGGAAUUAUAAUGGGAAUCAAAUAGUGCAAAGAGUUUAGUGAAUUUUUGUUAUACCUCGUGGAACAAUAUUUUUCAAGGAUAUUCAUGUGAAAUCUCUCCCCCUUCCCCCCCGCCCUCUCUCUCUCUCUCUCUUUCUCCCUCUGUGUAUUUUUUUUUCUUCGUUCUUUUUAACGUGUUAGAAAAGGACAUAAUAAUUUAUAUUUAUUACGUAUGUUUUAAUUUGAAAAUAUAUUGUGUUUACGUGUGUCCCUACGUGUGUUUCUUUAUCGUCCUUUUAGAAAAGUUCCGAGAAUUUUGCAUUUGACUUGGUGUUGGAACAGUGCCACGAUAAAAAAAUAGAGAGAGAGAGAGAGUGAGAGAGAGAGAGAGAGAGAGAGAAAGAAUGAUAUGUAAACAAAAAGAGAGAGAAAGAGAGAGAGAGAGAGAGAGAGAGAGAGAUAGAGCCGCAUGUUAUUACUCGCAAGCAAAAUUGUACGACUAUCAAUGUCUCAUUUUAAACAUUGUGACAAUCGUAUAUUGACUCUCGAAGAAGUAAGAUGGUAAAUACAAGAGGCAGGAAUAAGUAUGUUAGUCGGUAUGCAAGUUUACGAAGAACGUGAAACUCGUAAUGGAAAUGAUGAUUUCCAAGUGAAAUCCAAUCGUAAACUUUGCUUAUUAAUUUUUAUCACAUAUAUUAUUAUUAUUAUUAUCAUCAUUAUUUUGUGUAUUGUGUUACGGUGAUAUUAAGUGUUAUAUAUAUAUAUACAUAUAUAUAUAUAUAUAUUAAGAUAAAAGAAGAUACAUUAGAAGAUUAGAAGAUAUGGCGAGUGAAGUGAUGCUGGCGCCGACUACGACGCCUGGAGCAUCCAGAAGAGAGAUGGACGACGUCAGAGACAUGAUUAGAAAUGCGACGGUCACUACCAUUUACGCUAAACAACGUGCCUCCGUGAAAUGGCUCCUAUCGAAGGCAUACAACAAUCGAGUACCAGACAACCUUCGCGAGCCGUAUUAUCGUGAUCACGAGGAUCAAGAACAUUUGAAGCCACAGAUCGUCCAUGCACUCUCUAAUGCAGAACUCUAUUGUCUCGCUUUGGCGAACAUUUAUUCUGAUCCCAAUUAUCACAAUCAGAAUCAUUGCGGUAUAUUGCAAGCACUGGCAAGAAAGGGCGUGAACGUUGCCGAAUCUAACAAUACUCAGCUCACCGAAACGAUUCUCAUUCAAAAUUCACCAAUUAAAAUGUCUGCGCAUAUGGCUGUGAUAGAAGGCUUGAUGGCCUUAUACGCGAAAGAAGUGGUAACUGGUGAUCGUGUUGUCUCGGCAAUACGUAGAUUCGAUCCCCAAGCCAACGUAGAAGUACCAAAUGAUCACGAGAAAGGACUUUUACUUUGGAUAACCCACGCUUCGCACGCUCUAAUCGCAAAAAUUCAAACAGAGGAAGGUGCCGGUGAUAAGACAAGAUUAUCAGAACUGCCAGCAGCUAAAGAUUUCCAAUCUCUUUGCGAUGGCGUUGGACUCGCAGCCGUCGUUGCCUUUUAUUGUCCUGGCGAAUUGAAUUGGAUGGACAUCAGGAUGUCUAAAAGACCUUCUGUUGCUGAUGCCUUGCACAAUCUUUCAUUGGUGCAUACAUUUUGUAUCAGAUGCUUACCCUACUCUAUUUUCCAUAUGCAGCCUGAAGAUGUUACGUAUAUGAGAGGAUCCAUGAAGCCAAAUUUGGUCGUCUUUCUGGCGGACAUGUACAACGUUUUGGAAAUUCAUCCGGCUAAAUGUGUACGAUAUCCUGGCGAGGAAAGGGCAAUGCAAUUCUUGGAUGCGUGCCCGCGCAAUAGUCAUGGCGUAGCUCAUAAAAGAAGUCUACCACAGUCUAUAGCUCCGAUACCUGAUCUGAGAAGCAACCUCUCCGUAUCCGCGCCAGGCUUCACAGUUGCAAAAAGCGUGCCAUCCAGUACUGUAAAGAAGUCACAAUCUUUGCAACAAACUGCCGAGAGCCAUUCUUAUGACGAUAGAAGGGCCGGUAGCGAGGAAAGUUUCAUAGUACAUCGUGGAAAAGGUAUUCCUACUUUGAGCUCUGUGGCUGAUGAAAAAACUAUUGGUAGAGCGGAAGCAGCUGGACGACCAAGUAAUUGGGAAGAUCAAAGAAGAACUUCUUAUGCCGGCCGUCGAUCUAGACGUAAUAGUGUUACUGAUGAUUCUCAAUUAACUAUUGAAAAUUUUGGUGGAUCUCAGGAUAAUUUACAUAACUUUGGUAGAAAUCCGGAUAAGGAAGUAGGAGUGUAUACUGGUAAAAGAAGUACCGCCGAACCAACUCUUCCUGCACGUUCAAGCGUUCAGGAUGUUUAUGGAAGUGGUGUUCAACAUAUACUCGCUGAUAAUGGUUAUAACAAUGAAGAACCAUCCAGGUUGAGAAGACAAGCAUCAAAUUCUAGCUUGGAUAAUGUUGCACUCAAGAGCAUUUUACAUUCCAGUGAAAAUGAUAAUAACGAUGGUAAUACAACUAAAUUAUCAAGUUUUUCAAACCUCAAUAAACAGAGUAUGGAAAAGGGGAUCAAUCUCACUUAUACUGAUCAAGAAAGAGAUGAUAACUCUACAAAAUCUAAUGUAUCGAGUAAAAAGUAUGGUCAAAGUAAUGGAAAUGGAAUUGCAGAGAAAAAGACUACAUUUGCGACAUUACCAAAUACGACAACAUGGCAACAACAAAGUACGCAGCAUUCUCAACAGAUAGAACAUCAGUCAAUUGACGAAAAUGGUGGUAACACUGUAAUGGCCUCGCAGUUAAAUAAUAUUAGGUUAAAGUUAGAAGAAAAACGUCGUCAUAUUGAAAAUGAAAAAAGAAGAAUGGAAGUCGUUAUGUCGAAGCAACGACAAAAAGUUGGAAAAGCUGCUUUUCUACAAGCGGUUACAAAGGGUAAGGUAAAGUCUCCUUCCUCGUCAACAUCUGGGGGGGACAGUCCGGAAGAAAUUGGUCCCCCCACCCCAGUAACCUCUGCAUCUUCGGGGGAGACCCCAACAAGUGUAUCUGAGGCCAUUCCUGUACCCCAACAACCCUCUCAAGAAAAACCACAGAGACCCUUCUCUCUCAAGGAAAUCAGCGAAGAUGUUCGAGAUGUAGAGCAUAAAUGGUUGGAGCAGGAUGGAAACGCACCGUUUAUUGAAACAAGACGUACUCCGGAUAUAGAAAAUAUGGAUUUAGAACAGUAUCAUCAAUCUAUAUCACUAAUGAAUAACAGCCUCAGUGAGAUACAAGCUGAUAUACAACGUUUAGCUAAUCAACAAAAUCAAAUACAACAACAGCACUUAAUGACACAGCAUCAACAACAAAUGCAACAACAAUUGCAACAAUUGCAAAGCCUUAGUCAGCAGCAUAUACAAUCCUAUGGUAUGCCUCCGAUGAGUACAUUAAAUCCAAGAAUACAAGAUUCUCAACAGUCACAGUUUUAUUUACACGAUCAACCACAAUUACAAAGGAGAACAUGGGGACAACCACCGCCAAGUCAAAAUUUAGCUAACGAAAUGAAUGUUGGAUAUCAACAAUCUAUUGAUUCACGAUUCAAUCCACAAUCCACUGCUUACCAACAAGAUAUGCGUUUAUAUCAAGAUACAAGAAGUUGGAAUACUCAUCCAUCACAACAAAAAGGUUUUGUAUUUCAUGAAACAUCUCAAGAGCCAAGGUAUCUUAAUGGUGGAGAUCAUAGUCUUUGUAAUAAUCAAAUGAAUCAGCCUGUUUCAACUUAUCCAACGUCUGCAUCACUUUUUAAUCAAACUGCAUCAACGACUGCUAGUCCACAACAUCGUAAUGCCAUUCAUCGAAUAAGUCAGUUAAUGAGCGAAAGUCCAGAAUCUAAAAGGCCGACUAUACAUCAUAUUCCAAUGACAUGUGAAAGUCCAACUGAAAAAAGGCAAUGUGCAACUUUACAUACUCCUGUUCCAGCUCCACCUGUUGAUGAUAUGAAACCACAGAAUAUAUCGUUCAUUGGGAACGACGAUGAGGUCGUAGAAGGUAUACGUGGUUUGCAUAUUACUUCAGGUAGUCGAACGUACAGGAUACCAUCUCCAACCAGGCCUUCGAUAUCACGAAAUUCUUUUCAACCUCAUCCAUCCCUCAGAGAAGCAACACCAUCCCCUUCGAGAACCCCAGAAGUUACACCCCUUGAUCCUACAGAUGCCGGUGAAAAGGGUUUCUACAUUUCAUUUGAUAACGAUGUGCCUAAGAAGCCAAAACCAACUCUUAGAGUUAAAAGAACAUCUCCGAAGAAGGAAAGAAAUGUUUCUUCUUACAUAGAACACGAAGAUUUCGGGGUACGUACAGAAUCACCACCUGUUAGUGUCACAGAAAGACAAAAACUAUUGGAAGCACAGAGAGAUUUUGAAAGAGAAAGGCAACGUCAGGCCGAAAAGAGAGAAUUUCAUAGACAAGAAAUAAGAGAUAGAGAAUUACAAAAUGAAAUAUAUAGAGAACGUCAAAGAGAAAGGCAACGUGAUAGUAGUACGGAAGGUCGUCAAUCUAGUAGUGCUGGUUUAGUUAUUGGAAAACAAUUAACAAAUCCUGAUCCAAAUUCAUUAGACGAAAUGGAAAGAAAGAAGGAACGUAUAAUGUUACUGUCGCUACAGAGAAGACAACAGCAAGAAGAAAUGAAAGAAAGAAAGGAAGCCGAAGCUCAAGCACGUAGAGAACAAGAGAAAUUAAAAGCAGAAGAGAGAGCACGUAAGAAGGAAGAGGAAAGACAGAGGAGAGCUAAUAUUUUAGAACAAUAUAAAGUUAAGAAAGCUAUUGAGGAAGCUGAAAGAGAAGGAAAAGUCAUUGACAAGGAAUUGUUGAAUGCAAUAAAACCAACCAAAUUACGUAAUAAGACUGCAACGACGCGUCCACGACCAAAGACAAUUCACGUAGACGCUGGUACGGAAUUGGAUUCUGGAGCUCUUACGCCUAGUCGUGGAAAGAAAGGUUCUUCCUCUAAUUUGAGUACAGCGUCGCUGACUUCCCCAACGAUGAGGCGAGACUACUACCGAGGCUCGCAGGACAGUCUUACUGCUGCUCACCUUGAUGAUCGACGUUCCGGCCCCCUUUAUCGGGGCGGCAGCCUCAGGGUAUCUUCCGUAGAUUCACCCGAUGAUGGUAGAGGCUCAUCUCCCUGUCGAAGCGUUAAACAACUUGGAAGACGUGGUUCCUACAAAACAUCAAGAGAUGUGCAGGAGCCUCAGCAACAGGUUAGAGGCAGGCCUAAAUACCCGACUUACCAAAACUUUAAGGGAAGAAAAUCUAAUUCCUUGAUGAAUUUGUGUGGUUCGAGUAGUGAUCAAGACGGUAUGAUGUGUCGGUACACAGAUACGGAUAGCGGAUUGGGUCGAGCAACACCACCUAGACGUGCACCUAGUCCUGGUAUGGGAAGUAUGAGACAUCUUCCAUCACCAUCGGGUCCUGGAUCCUUACCACCUGGUCUGAUGACGAAAAGAAGAGUCUUUGACGAUGGUAGCAGCGAUAUCAGUAGUACACCGAGUUCGAUGAUGGAUUAUAGUGGUCCAAGAUUGUAUAAACAACCUACAACUAAAUCGAACCGUGGUAUUAUGUUGAAUGCUGUUGAAUAUUGCGUGUUUCCUGGUACAGUAAAUAAAGAAGCCAAGAGAAAGGUUUUAGAUGAAAUAGCCAGAUCGGAAAGCAAACAUUUCCUCAUAUUGUUCCGAGAUGCUGGUUGUCAGUUCCGUGCUCUCUACUCUUACUGUCCAGAUCGAGAAGAAGUAUCGAAGUUGUAUGGUACUGGACCUAAACAAGUCUUCGAUAAAAUGUUUGAUAAGUUCUUUAAAUAUAAUUCUGGAGGGAAGUGUUUCUCCCAGGUUCACACAAAGCAUCUUACAGUAACCAUAGAUGCCUUUACGAUACACGACAGUCUUUGGCAAGGUAAAAAAGUGAAUUUACCAAACAAAAAGAACAUGCCUCUCGUCAUAUAG